AUGUUGUAUUCACAGAUAGCAUUAUCAAUUAGCCUUGUAAUAAUCUGGAACAUUCUAUCAACAAAAGGUGACUGUAUUCCAUUGAAUGGCGUUUGUACAAAAACUAUAUUUGCUCCAUGCUGUAAUAAUACAGUAUGUAAAUUGUCUGGGCCAUUCUCUGGUAAAUGUGUGGAAUGCCUUAAACCAUUUUCGUGGUGUUGGAAUGGUGAUGAAUGUUGUUCAAAACAAUGCAGUUGGUUCAGAUGUUUGAGUACUGUUGAACAAUAA